UAUGCGAUAAUUGGUUGUUUCGUCGUCAGUUUUGCUUUUAAUGAACAAUAUGGGAAAAAGUAACUGGCUACAUGGAUUUUAAAAAAUGGGUCUGAAUUUUGUAAUCCCGCGGCCAUGUUUUUCCCGUCAUGAGCAAUGAUCCAGGAAAUGGUAAAAUAGGGCUCCUGAAAUGUUCGCUUCAUUAAAAAACAAAAUUCGGGAGGAGACCGGCAGCGAUCUCGGCAAGUUCACGACCAAACUGACGGCGUCGACCGUGCAGAAAAUCGAAAGUCUGAGGGGCCGUUCGCAUCACGGCUCCAGCUCCAGCUUAAACUCGAUCGUGUCGUCGGACGGAGCACGGGACGACGCGCUCGUCGAGCCGGACGAGCUCAGGAAGAGAAUUUCUAAAAUCGAAACGGAUUUUGCCAAGAGACUGGAUGAGAAGGAACGCGAGUGGCGCGAUAUCUUAAAGGAGAAAGACAGGCGCUUGAAUGCCGUGGAGAAAGAGAGAGACGAGGCCUAUAAAACGAUAUCGAACCUUAAAGAGGCCCUCAGAAACGCGGAAGAUCUAAAGCAAAAAAUUCUCGAACACCGAGAGAAUACGGAACAGAUGGAAAAUUUGCAAACGCAAGAGUUGGUCAAGAUUAAGCAUCUAGUGCUCUCGAAGGAACAAGAACUGACGGAAAAAUCAAAUUCCCUGAGGGAAGCCAACGCCCAGUUGGAGAAAUUGAGGAGCGAGCUGUCGAGGCUGCGCAGACAAGAGGAACACAUGAGCGACCUGCAGGACGACCUGGAGGCGUUGAGGCAUUCCUCGGCCCGAGACCUGGCCCAGCUCGCCGCGCAGCUGGCCAAAAGCGAGCAAGAGAGAAAAUACCUCUCCGAUUUGGUCGUGAUUUUGAGGCGGGGCUCGAGCGACGGCCCGGUCGACCAGCGCGUCGAAAAGGAGAAGAAACUGCUCGAGCAGAGACUCGAGGAAGCUCACCUGCAUCUGGCCGACAUAAAAACUUCAUGGAGCGAUAGAAUCGCGUCGCUCGAGACGCAGGUGGGGCGGUUGAGUCGGCAGGCGGCGGAAGAGGGGGCGGAGCGGCGACGGGCGGUCGACGAGCGCGAAAGGUUGACGGAAAAGGUGAAACAGUUGGAAGCGGAAUUGGAGUGCGGCAAAAUGGAGCUGACCAAUAAGGAGACGAAAAUAAGGCGACUCGCUGACGAUUUGGGCGACCUGUCGCGGGAACUUAAGGUUUUGCGCGCGGAGCGCGAGGAAGAGGUUGCUUUUUUGCGGACAAAACUCGACAUGGCCGACACCGAAGCGAAGGUGUUUAAAAAAAAUCUGGAAAACGUCGAGACGGAACUGGAAAAGGUGGAAGAGGAAAACGGCAGGCUGAAAAUUUCGGUCGAUUCGGAGCAUAUGACGAGCGGCUCGCUGCGUCAGAUGAUCGUCAAGCUGGAGAAGGAGUUAAGCGAGGAGAGGGCCAACUCCUUGAACGUGCAGAAAACCUUGUCAAGGGUCACUUCGGAGAAAAAUACGGCCCUGUUGCGUAACGCCGAAGUCUCCCAGCAGAUGGAACUCGUGAGGCAAAACAUGAGACGGCAGGAGGGCGAGACGGGCGUCCUGCUCGCGAAACUCGCCGCGUUGGAGGAGGACAACGCGAAACUGAACGAGACCAGACUGAUUGAGGAGAAACUCAACAACAGCGUUGCCGAUCUCAGGGAGCAGCUGCAGGAAAAGAACCAGACAAUCAAAACGCUGCAGCUGCGGUUGGCCGAUCUCAAGAAGACGCUGCAGCAGGAGCUGCGGGUGCCGCAGAAGAAUUCCGCGGCGGUCCUCGCGCCGAGCUUGACGAAAAGCUUUCCCGCCGGCGACGACGUCAAUUUUAGAUACCUGAAGCACGUCGUCCUAAAGUUCCUAACGAGCAGAGAGUAUGAGGCGCAGCAUCUGAUUAAGGCGAUCUCGACCCUGCUCCAGUUCACCCCGGAGGAGGAGAAACUGAUCCAGGACACGAUCGAGUGGAAGAGGUCGUGGUUCGGCGCGAAACCCAAGCUCCAGAAGGUGCACAAGUCGGUCCACUUCGCCAGCUGAUAGGUGUUUUUUUUUUUCUUAAA